AAAUGUUUAUAUCAUUCUAUUCAACAAAAAUAGAACAUUCUAAUGACUUAUUCAUGGAUUUGUCAAUAACACAACCAACCCCAUAAAGUGAUGUACAAAAAGUACAAAAUAUCUUACGGGGCAAAAAAAAAAGCUAGAGAAAAAUUUGAAAAAAAGGAAAACGAAAAAGGUAAAACCUAAUUCUUCUCCAACACAUUUCAUUCUCUUCUCCUCACGCGACGCUUGUCCUCGACGGCGCCGGAGAUUCAACAUACUCCGUGAAAGUUGUUUCGUUCAUCAGCAUACAUGGAAGUAGUAGAAGGACAACAAUUCAAGAAGCGGAAGCAAUUUGGCGAAGAUUCAAAUAGGCGAUCUCGCAAUAACAAUCAAUCUCACCCUUUUUCCGGCUCUUACGGACUACCCACAGGAGAAUUUUACAAGAGCAGGUGCGGUGUCAGAUGCAGAUUUUAGGGAUGAACAUAUCCCAGUCGCUAAGGUUCAGAUGAUGAGGAAGUUCUUCUAUCUAGUGCUUAAUUUGCAUGAACAGGCCAGGAGAAAUACACAAAUUCCAGGAUCACACCCGGUCUCUCUCGACAGGGACAAAUUGCAUCUUCUAAGCCAGCAACUCUACCAUGUCACCUGGAGUGCUGAGGUGGCACAAUACAUGAUGCUAAUGGAUAGGGAGGGUUGUUAUUUGAUUAAUCCACAGUUCAAUUUCAGGAAGGUCCAGUUGCGAUUUCCUUGCAAAUAUAUCUAUGAGGGUAGAGCUGACAUUACUCAUCACUACACGUUACUUGAUGGUGAAUUGAUUACUGAGACCGAGCCAGAGACACAAGUGAAGAGGACUAUUUACCUGAUCUAUGAUAUGAUAGCAAUUAAUGAAUCCUCUGUUACAGAGCUACCUUUUCAUCAUCGAUUAAAGCUAAUUGAAGAAGAGGUGAUCCGUCCCCGAAAUGCGGAACGUGAAUUUUUAUCCACAUGUGUAAAUCCGUAUUACCAAUAUGACCUGGAACCAUUUGAAGUGAGGAGGAAGGAUUUAUAUUUGCUAUCUGCAGCUUCUAAGCUCAUCAAAGAUAUAAUGCCAAGUCUUCCACAUUCAGCUGAUGGUCUUGUCUUUCAGGCGUGGAAUGCAACUUAUGCGCCUCGGGAGCAUGAUGGCCGUUUGAAAUGGAAAUAUCCCAGAACAAAUACUGUUGAUUUUCUCUUUGAGGUGGGAGUUGAAGGUAGCAAGUUGCUUUAUCUGCAAGAACAUGGAAACAAUAAACUAAUUGAAGGUUGCAGAGUGAUGUUUAAAGAUGAAACUGAUUUAUCGUUGUACUCGGGUAGGAUAAUUGAGUGUUCCUGGAAUUCUCAUGAAGAUGCUUGGAUCUUUGUGCAGAUGCAAACAGACAAAUCAAACCCAGAUUCUAUAAGUGUCUAUGAGGAGGCAAAACACGAGACUCAGGGCAAUCUUACAGAGGAUGCCUUGUUGAAUGAGAUUGAUAAAAUUGCAGCUCUACCUAUGUAUGCUGACUGGGUAAAGCGUCACAGUAGGCCUAUUAGAAAUGUCUGGACAAGGCAGUGAGGGAUUUUUCUGUUUGUUGCCGCAUCAUUUGGGUGUAUUUUUCUAGUUAAAAAUGACUGCAGGUUCUUUGCAGUCGUCAUUCAUAUCAUUUGGGUGUAGUUUCCUUCUCAAAUUUGAUUUGCCAAGUUGAGAGGGUGACAAUAUGGGGAUAUAUCUUCUUUUUGCCCUCCCCACCAUUGGGGAAUUGAGAUGAGAGGCAACGGAGGAGGUUAUUAGUCAAUUAGAAAUGACUGCAGGUUCAUUGCAGUCGUCAUUUAUCAUUCGGGAGGUCUUUUUCUUCUCAUGUUCUGUUUUGUCAAGUUGAAAGAUGGAUACAAGUAUGGGAAGGCAAUAUCGAAUAGGAGGUGUAGGUGGUGUUUGGAAAAAUUUCUAGGAAAGAUUAGCGCAAUUGGUAACGUGUUUGCUCAUUAUUCCUUCCUUUCAAAUUUAUUGCUCAAAGUGGAGCCUUGUGAUUUCAUACCUGUACUGUAAGUUGCGGUAAAAGGAUACUGUUCGGUGAUUGUCACAUGUAGGAGCUGUAAUCUUGAAAUGAAAUAUUAACUCUUGUUUUCUGUCUUCA